AUGGCCCCUACACCAACCUCCGCCAAUGGGGCCCUGAUCCUCGAAGAGCCAUUGAUAAGGACACCUUAUGAAUUACUACGGAGAUCUCAUCGUUCAGCUCAAAGACAAGUCGAAAAAGAUUUCAACGCUGUUUCGGUCGCUCUUCAAAGUAUCACCAAAUCCCUAAAUGCCUCCUCGUCCACCGAUGAAGGUAGGAAAUCUGUAGUGAACAAGAUAGAUCAGAUCGGAGAAAGAGCGAAGAGUCUCAAAAGGAAGCUCGACGAUAUUCAACCCAGUUCAGCUGAACCUACUCCUCUUCGAUCAAGGUUGGAUUAUUUGAGGUCACUCAACCCUUCUUCUGGAUCAAGUAAACCUUCUAAUGGCGAUGGUUCAAUGGAAAUUGAUGGUGAAGCCACUCCGACUACUUCAGAACCAAAACAACAACCGCUCUUAACAUUUGACGCUACGCUCGAUAGAUAUUUAGUAGAUUACUUGCUUCGUACAGGUCGUCUAAAAGCAGCAGAAGCAUUAGCGAAAAAACGAGAUAUCGAGCCUCUGGUGGACAUCAAACUUCUAACGGAAUUGAACAAGAUUGAAAAUGCUUUGAUAGAUAAGCACUCUUGUACGGAAGCUUUAGCUUGGUGCGGUGAAAAUAGAGGUACAUUGAAAAAGACCAAGAACAACCUCGAAUUUAUAUUACGGCUACAAGAAUUCAUCGAACUAUGUCGUAAACGCGAUAUAACGUCUGCCAUAGCUUAUUCCAGGAAAAAUCUGGCUCCUUGGGCUGGAACACAUAUGGCGGAAUUACAGCAAGGCAUGGCAUUGAUGACCUUUGGUGAGAAGACGGGUGUGGACAUAUACAAGAAAUUGUAUGAAUCAUCACGCUGGAACGUUGUACGAGACCAAUUUCGAUCCACUUUCCUCAAUCUAUAUGCUCAACCUUCUCAAUCUGUGUUAUCAUUAGCUUUAUCAGCUGGAUUAUCUUCGUUGAGAUUACCAUCAUGCGUACGUCAUGAUAAAUCAGAUACGACAACGACAACGGCAACGACAACAAAAUCGCCACAAUCAUCAACACAUAUACCUCUAUUACCUGCUGCACCUCCACUACAUAAUCUAGAAUCAUUAUUGGUAUCUUCCACGAACCCAACUGAUUACCUGACGACUCCGCUAGGUGGUGAUCACAACUCAAUUGAGACCUCCAACGGUCAUGGUAAUGACAACAAUCUUCAUGAUCAUCCUGAAAACCCAGUUGGCAAUAUUGAUUGUCCGACUUGUAAUGAAAAUAUGAAAGUCUUGGCUGCGGAAGUACCCAUAUCACAUCAUGUGAAUUCAACAAUCGUUUGUAGAAUAAGUGGGAAUGUAAUGGACAGUCAAAAUGAACCUUUAGCUUUCCCAAAUGGUUAUGUCUACUCAUCAAAGGCACUUCGAGAAAUGGCCGAUGCAAACUUCGAUGUCGUCACUUGUCCACGAACGAGGGAGACCUGCGCGUUUUCAAGACUCAGAAAGGUAUACAUCUCGUAG